ACUUGGAAAAAACAAAAUGCAGUGGUUAUUGUUAACUAUUCUCGCAUUGGCUACAUUGGGGUCAGUAGCAGCUUUAUCUUGUCGUCAAUGUCAACCAGAUCACGAAUGUCCAGCACUGCCAAAUGAUGGAAAAUGUCACCCAGCUCGGAGACCUUGUUCUUGUUGUGAUGAAUGUGCUGGCCUUAGAGGAGAUGAUUGUGGACCUUUCACGGCAAGAUGUCACCCAGACUUGGUAUGUGUGAAUGAAAAUGGAGAAGAGAAAGAAACUGUUCAAUGGCAUGAAAAAUUUAAGGGUGUAUGUAAGAGAUCUAAAGCUGAGAGGGCGGAACGAGCUUGUAAACGAUUGAAUCAAUUAUUUAGACUGUUUAAUUCCACAAACGGCAGACCUGGUAGAUUUUUAAGACGAUGGUUAAAGAGAUUGUACAAAAGAUGCUUAGCUAAAUAUAAUGUUAAUUAAAUAUUCAUAAAUAAACCAGAAGUAUCUAUCCAU